CUGGAAAUACUGGUGGAGCAGAAGCAACCUUUGACCACGGCUGCCUUCUACCAUUACAUGUAGUUGUUGUAUGGUACAACAUGAAUUGACUGAGGUUUGGACGACCUAAAUCUACCUGCCUGCAUGAGUAUGACACAACUAGAGUUGACCGAGGAGGGACUACCUAAACCUGAAUACCUGCCUGCAUGAGUAUGACACAACUAGAGUUGACCGAGGAGGGACUACCUAAACCUGAAUACCUGCCUGCAUGAGUAUGACACAACUAGAGUUGACCGAGGAGGGACUACCUAAACCUGAAUACCUGCCUGCAUGAGUAUGACACAACUAGAGUUGACCGAGGAGGGACUACCUAAACAUGAAUACCUGCCUGGCAGCCAUCCCCAGCUAGAUAGAUUUCCAACAUGGUGGAAGAUGGCACUAAGAAUGGAGGAAGAAGAAAGGAGAUGUCGGAAGGCAGGAGAUACUGUGGCUGGUCCCGUUUCCGUUGCUGUUUCCUCAUCCUGCUCCUCACAGCAAUGGUCUUCUUCUACUUCGGCGAUCGGUCAGUAGAGUGGGUCCCAACACUAGACAGGGCCUCAAAAUGGUGGGCAGAAUUCCGUGGUGGUUCACCAAGCAGAUCUGGUUCUACCAACACCAGUAGGGAAGUAGUUUCUCUAAACUCCACUGAUUUUACCAUAGACGCUCAUGAAACUGCAUCUGCCAAUUCAACAGAUCGUCAGACUUCACUUAUCCACUCUACUCAGCAGGCCAUCAAACUCAACACAACACAUAAUGAAACUAGUUCCGUCACGUCUGCAAUGACCAUCACUGAUCUGAUCACAGAGGUCAAGGCAGUUCGGUCCACUCCUCCUCCGUAUGUGUCCCCAGGACCGUACCAUGUAGAAUACCCAUCAGAGUACAUCUUCAUCCUGGAUGAGCCAGAGAAAUGCCGGGAGCAGAACCCCUUCCUGGUUCUGAUGGUGCCAGUGGCGCCCUAUAACAGGGACGCUCGUGAGGCCGUCCGCAGUACUUGGGGCAGUGAGAGGCAGGUACUGGGCAAAGAGGUCCGUCUGUUCUUCCUGCUGGGACUGCCCAGUGGAGAGGAGACAGAGCAGCUCCAGGAGAAGGUGCUGCAGGAGAGCAAAGAGCACCAGGAUCUGCUGCAGAGCGACUUCAUAGACGGCUACAAAAACCUGACCAUCAAGACCAUGGUGAUGAUGGAGUGGCUGAGCUCUCGCUGCCCCAACGCCUCCUACGCCAUGAAGAUCGACUCAGACAUGUUCCUCAACGUGAACACCUUGGUCAACAUGCUGCUUCACGCUCCAAAACAGAACUACCAGACUGGACUAGUGGCCCAAUGGGGCGCCGUUCUAAGAGACCGUAACUCCAAAUGGUACCUUCCAAUGGAGGUGUUUCCUGAACCAGUAUAUCCACCUUACGCUCUGGGCCUGGGCUAUGUCUUCACCUUAGACCUCCCCAGGAAGCUGGUGGAGGCGUCCAGGCAUGUUAAAGCCGUCUACAUAGAGGAUGUGUAUCUGGGACUGUGUAUGAGACACCUGGCCAUCCGGCCUACUGACCCCCCCAGUGGAAACCUCUUCCAGGUUUUCCCUGUGGCUUAUGACCGCUGCACCUACUCACGGCUGAUAGCCACCACCACAAACAGUAUCACUGACCAGGUCAAUGCAUGGAAAGACCUACACAAACCUGGUCCUCCCUGCUGAUCUCAUACAGUAACAGACUGACUGAUGUACCAAUCACUUCCUCAUUGUUUGUUCAACCACUAACUAACAAACAAACUAAGAAGGCGACGUCUCCAAGGUGAUGGGGAAAGGAUAUACAACAUUUCUGGAUGAUCUGAAAACAGCUGUGCAGCAACACUCCCCAUCCAACCUGACAGAGCUUGAGAGACUCUGCAAAGAAGAAUAGGAGAAACUCCCCAAAUACAGGUGUGCCAAGCUUGUAGCAUCAUACCCAAGAAGACUCAAGGCUGUAAUCACUGCCAAAGGUUCUUUAACAAAGUACUGAGUAAAGGGUCUGAAUACUUUCGUGAAUAAAAUAUUUCAGUUUUUAUUUUUAAUAAAUUAGCAAAAAUUUCUAAAAUCCUGUUUUUGCUUUGUCAAUAUGGGGUAUUGUGUGUAGAUUGAUGAGGGGAAAUAACUAUUUAAUACAUUUUAGAAUAAGGCUUUAACCUACCAAAAUGUGGGAAAAGUCAAGGUAUCUGAAUACUUUCCAAAGGCACUGUAUACCUUGGUGAAGAACAUUGACACCCUGAAGGACCAGUUUCUUCACGUUACGUCCUUUGGGAGAAUGUUCAUUUUCUCUGAACCAAGGCAGACACCUUGCCUCACCGGUUUUUCCUUCAAAAGCCUUUUUUAAACAAAGACUGAGAGCAGCAGUUAUCUGUCUAACCUGGACUAAGAAAUGGAUUCACCGGGUUGGGUCUGUCUGUGGUGAAUGUGUGUACUACACUGAAGCAGCAAACACCCAGAACAAGUUAAACAGGUUUAUUGUAAUAGAGACUAGUUGGCUGUGUUUAGACAGGCAGACCAAUUCUGAUCUUUUUGACACUAAAUGUUCAUUUGACCAAUAAUCACAUCUAUUUCAGAACUGAUGUGAUGGUCAAAAGUCUAAACACAGCCGCUGCACUGCACUUUAUAAUCAGGUUUGCCUUUUCCCAGAGCGCAUCUGUAACAGGUUAAUUUGACCCUGCUUCUAACAGCAGGAAAAUAAUCCUGCAGCAACAGAACAUGUGGAUAAUUAUGUGUAUUAUAAUUCACACAAUUUGUUGUAGGGGUUGAUACAUUUUUCGUGAGGGCGAGUCAAGUUUGAAAUGACAAACUUUAGAAGCCUUUUUAAAAGGAAAAUUCUCUGUGACAGAGCGAUUAAGUAGACAGCAGAUCUGUAUCAGUUCUUGAUGGAAAUAAGUGAAGGGGUACUGGGAAGGCUUUGGCUGUAGAGGCAAUAGAAUAGUAGACCAGGAACUUUCCCCAAAGUCACAAGUCAAAUGUCCCAAAAUGAAGUAGCUUUGUAUGAGUUGUAGCAUUUAUUAUGUGGUUUAGUCCAGCUAUCAGGAAGAGAUGCUACAUUGCAUUCAUUUUGCACUUGGCAGGGUCAGAGGGAAUGUGGUUUGCCUGAGAGUUUGUGCCAACUGCGUUGAAGACAGUUGAGACGGCACACUGAGGAAGACAUAUCACUUCCUCCUUCGUUCUUGCCAGAGAUGUAAUCUGGUGACUUUGUAAUGCAUUUCCACGUUGAUUAAAAUGUUUUAAUACUGAUUAUGAUGAUACUGAUUUUGGAUUAGAAGAGAGUUAAAUCACACAAACCAAUAUUUAUCUGCCCAAAGGGCCUGUUGCACAGAUGAUGUUUAGGCUACAGUGUGAUUAGACCAGGGCAGAUGUUUAGGCUAUAAUGAGGUUAGACCAGGGCUGAUGUUUAGACUACAGUGUGGUUAGACCAGGGAUGAUGUUUAGGCUACAGUGAGGUUAGACCAUGGCUGAUGUUUAGACUACAGUGUAAUUAGACCAGGGCUGAUGUUUAGGCUACAGUGUGAUUAGACCAGGGCUGAUGUUUAGACUACAGUGUGAUUAGACCAGGGCUGAUGUUUAGACUACAGUGGGGUUAGACCAGGGCUGAUGUUUAGACUACAGUGUGAUUAGACCAGGGCUGAUGUUUAGACUACAGUGUGGUUAGACCAGGGCUGAUGUUUAGGCUACAGUGGGGUUAGACCAGGGCUGAUGUUUAGGCUACAGUGUGGUUAGACCAGGGCUGAUGUUAGACUACAGUGUGAUUAGACCAGGGCUGAUGUUUAGACUACAGUGUGGUUAGACCAGGGCUGAUGUUUAGACUACAGUGUGGUUAGACCAGGGAUGAUGUUAGACCAGGGCUGAUGUUAGACCAGGGCUGAUGUUUAGACUACAGUGUGAUUAGACCAGGGCUGAUGUUUAGACUACAGUGUGGUUAGACCAGGGCUGAUGUUUAGGCUACAGUGUGGUUAGACCAGGGCUGAUGUUAGACUACAGUGUGAUUAGACCAGGGCUGAUGUUAGACCAGGGCUGAUGUUUAGGCUACAGUGUGAUUAGACCAGGGCUGAUGUUUAACCUACAGUGUGAUUAGACCAGGGCUGAUGUUUAACCUACAGUGUGAUUAGACCAGGGCUGAUGUUAGACCAGGGCUGAUGUUUAACCUACAGUGUAAUUAGACCAGGGCUGAUGUUUAACCUACAGUGUGAUUAGACCAGGGCUGAUGUUUAGACUACAGUGUGAUUAUACCAGGGCUGAUGUUUAGGCUACAGUGUGAUUAUACCAGGGCUGAUGUUUAACCUACAGUGUGAUUAGACCAGGGCUGAUGUUUAGACUACAGUGUGAUUAGACCAGGGCUGAUGUUUAACCUACAGUGUGAUUAGACCAGGGCUGAUGUUUAGACUACAGUGUGAUUAGACCAGGGCUGAUGUUUAGACUACAGUGUGAUUAGACCAGGGCUGAUGUUUAGACUACAGUGUGAUUAGACCAGGGCUGAUGUUAGACUACAGUGUGAUUA